AUGUGUGCGCCCCUGGAGGCCCACCGGCGGUCACACCGUGUCCUAGGGGUUCACAUGGACGCCGCUGACCCGCGGCGCGCUGCAAUUCGGUGCCGGCGGCGCCGAGCCGCAACGGUUUCGGACCGAGCGCGACCGUGGCGCCGGGGCCAGAGCGGCGCCCGCCGGGGCCGUGGACCGUACCCGCGCCCCACACACGCCCACCCGCGAUGCCGUGGCGCCGAGGGCCAGGCUGGCGCCCACCGACGUCGUGGACCGUACCCGCGGCUCAGACACGCCCACCGUAUGUUGUUCGACGCGCUCCAUCAACAAAUUGUUGGAAAUCGCUGGGAAUCCGGCUGCGGCGCGCCGCGAACUCGCUCCGCCGUCGCGCGAGGACGCGCCGCUCGGCCGUCCGCGCGCAAUUUUGCGUCGACCGAUCACCAUCGCUGUGUUCAGCCCGGCAUAGCGAGCACAGCGCUCCUCUGUGUCUGUGGUGUCUGUCUGGUUCACGGUUACAUGGGGGGUGGACUGUCUAACGCAGUGAUCGGCGGGAAGGGCAAAAAAGUCGCACCCAUCGAGAUGGCAGAGGAAGUUGUCAACGUAGAAUCCGCAUCACUUAAUGAGACGAGCAAAACGCUGGGGAAAGAGGCAAAAUUGGUAUCAGGCAAAAGGGCACCUCCGUGGGCCAGCAACUAUCGCAGAAAAGGCCUGUACAGUUUCGCACGCACUGGCAUUGGCACUCGCAGCCCGAAAGCUGGCAAGGGUGCCCUCAUCAUUGAGGACGAUGUUACUGUGGGCAUUGAGCAGAUAGCGUCGUGGCCGGUCGUUCGCGGCCCGCACGGUCUCUUGAGCCCACAUCCCAAGCUCACUGGCGGGAUGGAGACCACAACUACCGGCACACGACCCUUCGCAGUACGCAGAAGCAGUAACAAAGUAUUCGGCACCCAGGCCUAUGUGGUAUCGUGCAAGGGCCUCAACAGGAUUUCUGCCCUGCAGGCUAGGCGAGAGAAGAUGCGAACAUUACGCCUUGAGCAUUGGUCUGAUGUGCAACUCAUUGCUGAUCAUUGGAUUCCGUCGAUAUUUCCAUCAGACGUCUCGUAUGUUGCUACGGUGCCCACCUUGGUUGAGGAUGCGUGUGUGUCAACUAUUGCCCCUGGUGAGAACGCCUGGUCCCACGAUACGCCGCGCUUGAAGGACGUUGCUGCACCGGAACACUCCGAUGCUCGAUUUCACAGGACAGCAUGCCGCUUCCCGCACAGUGCGUAUACGCAGCCUUCAUGGGAGCUAGUGAAAAGGAGCACUAGUGAAAAGGAGCUCAAUUUCCGGAACACAGGGCGGUGUCCCAGUCCUCCGUAG